CUUUUCUCUUUGUUCAAUUUACAGCAUGUGGAUCUUGGCGAAAUAAGGAAGAAAGAGGAGAUAGUGUCCUUGGUGGAAACAGUGGAUCAUGUGAAUGUGAGAUGACAGAAUCUACAGGAACUGUUCGUUCACACUGUAAGAAAAUAGAUGGGACAAGCAUUAAAGAGGAGAGAAUAAAUGAAGGAGAUAGUGCCCUUGGUGGAAACAGUGGAUCAUUUGAAUGUGAGAUGACAGAAUCUACAGAAGCUGUGUGUUCACACUGUAAGAAAGUAGAUGGGACAAGCAUUAAAGAGGAGAGAAUAGAUGAAGGAGAUAGUGUCCCUGAUGGAAACAAUGGAUCAUGUGAGAUGACAGAAUUUACAGGAACUGUGUGUUCACACUGUAAGAAAAUAGAUGGGACAAGCAUUAAAGAGGAGACAAUAGAUGGAGGAGAUAGUGCCCUUGGUGGCAACAGUGGAUCAUGUGGAUGUGAGACAAAAUCUACAGGAACUGUGUGUUCACACUCAUGUGGAUCUUGGCGAAAUAAGGAAGAAAGAGGAGAUAGUGCCCUUGGUGGAAACAGUGGAUCAUGUGAAUGUGAGAUGAUAGAAUCUACAGGAACUGUGUGUUCACACUGUAAGAAGAAACUUGAACUAACCGUCAAAUAUGCCACAGGGCUUCUUCAAUGUUUCUUUUGUGAUUGUUCUUUUUCUGAAGAGAACCAGCUUAUGAAACAUCUCCAAAAUCAUGUUGGUAUAUUGAAUUCAGACACAUAUCAAUGUUCGACUUGUAAGGAGUCGUUUUUGUCUAAUUCUGACCUUGCAAAACAUGUAGGAAUGUGUUGUGAGAAGAAUUCUGAUGAAUGCAUUCAAAAUACAAUUUCAUUGGCUACAAUAGAUGAUGAUAAGAUACGUAGUGAAAAUACAGGAGAUUUAGAGCGUCGAUUUCCUUGUUAUGAUUGUAAUGAGAUAUUCUCUUCCAAGAAGCACUUAGCCAGGCAUUUAUAUGGAGAAAAGCUUCAAGAUGAUGAAGCAGAGUUUUCGCAAAGACCUUUCCAGUGCUCAAGUUGUGGAAGACGAUUUCCAUCUGAAUGUGGGCUUGUUAAUCAUAAAAGAAAACAUGAAAGUAGAUCAUAUGAAUGUUUUUACUGUAGCAAAUCUUUUUUAUCUUCAAAAGAGAGACAAAGGCAUGAAGGAGAGCAUGGAAGCAAGAACCCUCUUGAAUGUCAGUAUUGCAGAAAGACAUUCAGCAAAAGAGAUGGUCUAACACAACACAUAAAAACUCACACAAAUGAAAAACCCCAUGAAUGCCAAUAUUGUGGAAAAAAAUUCUACCAGAAAGGUAAUCUAAAUGAACACAUAAGAAUUCACACUAAUGAAACACCUUAUCAAUGUCAGUAUUGUGGCAAGAAGUUCAAAUGUAAAAGCUAUCUAAAUGUUCAUACUAGAGUUCACACAAAAGUGAGACCCUAUCAAUGCCAAUAUUGUGGCAAGAAAUUCGCCACAAGUUCAACCAGGAGUACUCACAUAAAAGUUCACACCAAAGAGAAACCUUAUCUUUGUCAGUAUUGUGGAAAGAACUUCAGUCGGAAGGAUUUCCUUACUAAACACAUAAGAAUUCACACACAGGAGAAGCCUUAUGAAUGUAAUCAUUGUGGCAAGAAAUUCAGUUCAAAAAGUAAUCUAAAUUGUCAUAUUAGAAUUCACAUAAGAGAUACAUCAAAGCAGUGUUAAAUACUAUGGAAAGAAAUCAAUAAAUAUUGUGAUAUAACCUUAACAGCCCUGUUGCAUUUUCAUAAUAAACCAAUUACUCAAAGAGGUUCCUGCUGCCUCAUUCAGUUUGUUGCAAAAUGAGGAACAAACAAGGGCCCAGGACACUACCCUGCGGGUCUCCUCAGAGGCCAUCAAUCAGUGGCGUAAUGAGCCCAAAAAAAUUGAGGCACCUCGCUAGAGUGUAUGGCAUAAAAUUUGCUCACUCGCAGAACUUUUAAGAUCUUCAUUACAAAAAUCCAAGUUUGUGAUAGAUUUUGACAUAUUCAGAAAAUAAUAUCAAAUUUCACCGUUAACCCUUUCUUCCCCACCCCCAUCUGUAUGCCAAUGCCAUCAAUAAAAUAAGAUUUGAUGCGGUUUAUAAGAACAGCUGUCAUCUAUUACUUAGGAAAUAAGAAAUACAUGUACAGCUGUUGGGAACCCCUUUGGUACCAUAGCUGCUGAGCUUAAAGACCAGUGGUUAACGUAAUUGGUUGCAAGCUUUGAUGAAAUCCAUAAUGAGAUCAUAUGACUGCUUUCCUUGGGAUAUGCAGUUGUGAAACAAAGCUUAUCAAAGAAUCUUGACAAUUGGGUCUCACAAGAUCUGUUCCCCUUCUGAUGCCAUGUUGCAUGUGGACACAAGAUAUGAGUUUCCAGAUGGCACAUAAUGGUGUUAGUUAGGACAUUUACAAGCAUGUUGCAACAUAUUCUGGUCAGAGAUACUUUGGCAGGAUCCUGCUAUUCCCCCUUCUUGAAGACUAGUAAUACAGUAUUCAUCUUUCCUGUGAGGUGGUAGUUGACCAGUAUCAAUUGAUGAUUGGUAUAUCACAGCAAGAAUUGGGGCAACCUCGUCAGCAAUGUACCCUCAAAAUCCUAGACUUGAUGUUAUCCAGGCCAGGUGCUUUACCAUUUGAGUUUGUGAAGGAGCUUCUGGAUGCACUCUACCAAGAUGAAAACACUGUCUAAUGUGCCGUUGUAAGAAAUUUGCGAUCCAUUCAAAGUCUAUUUUGGAUUGGAAAUCACAAAAGAGACACUCUAUCAAUGCCAAUAUUGUGGCAAGAAAUUCUUAUAUAAUAGCCGUCUGAAUGUACACAUAAGAAUUCACACAAAAAAAACCUUAUCAAUGCCAGUAUUGUGGCAGCGAUUUCAGAACAAAAAAUGGUCUAAAUGUUCAUAUUAGAACUCCACGAACGAAAGACCUUAUCAUUGCCAAUAUUGUGACCCCAAAUUCAUCGCAAGUAGUCGGCUGAGUCAACACAUCACAAUACUUCACACAAAAGAGAAACCAUGUAUAUGCCAGUAUUGUGGUAAAAAAAAUCAGUUGAAAAUGUUAUCUUACUCAACACAUAAGAACCCACACACAGGAGAAGCUUUAUGAAUGUAAUCAUUUUGGGAAGAAAAUUCAGUUCAAAAAGUCAUCUAAAUGUACAUGAUAGAAUUCACCUGAAAGAGGUGUCAUAUUAAUGUUAACACUGGAAAAAUCCAUACAAAUUUUUUAUUCAACCUUAUCAGUCUGGAGGCAUUAUCAAAAUAAAUCCAUAACAUGAGAGGCUUCCACUGCAUCGGUUUGCGGCUAUUUUCUUUCAAGUCAUGUACAACUUCUGAGACUGAAUUCGCAAGGCCCAGGAACUUGGUUACGAAAUCAAGCCACAUUAUGAAAUUGCAUAUAUGCCAGGUGGAUGUUUCAUUCGUAAGCUGUUCUAAAGUUAAGAGCGACUUUAAGAACAACUGGUGAUCCUUUCUUACACGCUAAAUAAUCCCCAAUGAACAAUUAAUGGUGAAUAUCAUUUAUACCACAAGAAAGGAUCACCAGUCGUUAUUGAAGUCACUCUUAACUUACAAACAGCUUUAUGAAACGGCCCCCAGAUUAAUUGCUCGUAAACGAAAUUUCAUGGACAAGUCCAAUAUGCUCACUGUACUUUUAACCAAAAUUGAUAACUCUCUUAUUGUUUUUUUUAGUUUUUUUUUAAUUGUAAUUGAUCAGUCUUUAAUUUAAUGUUAUUUAUUGUUGAGAUUAUGUCACAAAUGAUUUCCAUGGGAAAAAAAAACAUUGAUACACAGAAAGUUUGUAAAAAGAGUUUGAGAAGGAUUAAGACUGAAUGUAUUGUAAAGUCCCCAGUUUUCUGUAAUAUGCAAAUGAGAGAGUUGAUGAUGUUACUAUUUUUUUUUUUAAUUGUUUGAAUUAUACAAAUUUUCACGAAUUUCACAAUUAGGACCCCCUUGCUUGAACCACAAAAUGUUAAAAUAAUGGAAUUCCACGUGUUCAGGGAGGAAUGAAACUUUGUUUCACAUGACAAUGACGAGAAAAUCAAAAUAUUUCAUAUUUCAUACAAUAAAAUACAAAAUAAAUAGUGAGUGGGUGAUGUCAUCGGUCCCCUCAUUUGCAUACCGAACAGGAUGUGCAUAUAACUGUUUUGAGAAAAUAGGCGAAACUUUAAAAUGUUAUAACUUUCUUAUUUUACAUCCGAUUUUGAUGAAAUUUUCAGUGUUAUGCUUGUUUGAUUUUUCUCUUUCUAUUCAAAUCAGCUUUUUGUUGGGGUGGACUUGUCCUUUAAAGGGAUGCUCCAAGCUGAAGAUAUUACAUUUCAAUACUUUUAUACUGUAUAGUAAAAUUCACAGAGCAAAAUGCUGAAAAUUUGAUCAAAAUCUGAUAACAAAUAUAAAGUUAUUGAAUUUUAAAGAUUUGCAUUAUUCCAGUAAAACAGUUCAAGGCAUGUCUUCAUGAAUUUCCAUUAGGUGGGCUGAUGAUGUCAUAUCCCCACUUGUUCUUUUGUAUUUCAUUAAAUGAAAUUGGGUUUAUUAAAAAUGUUUAUACCAAGAACUAAAACGAUUGGGUUUACAACUGAUUAAGUGCAUUAGUUAUUUACUGCUGCAACUUAUUUCAUCAUAAUGGAGACUCAUCAUUUACACAUGGAUGAAAAAAUGAAACAAUUAUGAUUUCAUGUAAUAACAUAAGAAAAAGGAAUGUGGGGAUGUGACAUCAUCAGCCCACCUAAUGAAUAUUCAUGACGACAUGCAUAUAACUGUUUUCACAAAAUAUUGCUAGAUUUAAAAUCCAAUAACUUUGUUAUUUGUCAUCCGAUUUUGAUAAAAUUUUCAGCAACUUGCUCUGUGAAUUUACUCUAUUUAUUUAGACAUAUGAAUAUUCUCAGCCCGGAGCAUCCCUUUAAUGCUGAACUUGAAAAUUGAAAUUGCUUUACAAAAAAAGGAAAAAUGGGGACUUAAAAAUGUGUCAAACCAACAAACGUAGAAGGCAGCAAUACACAUCAGUGUUGCUAUUAGGAAGGUCCACUCGAUAGGCGCAUACAAUUAAAGUACGCGCACAAUUUGGUAGGCAUGCCAACAAAAGUGUUGCUGCCCUCUACGUUUGUUGUGUCAAACCUUUUCGGCAGUAUAUUGCCAUUUAUGUGUUAUGUCACAGAUCAUCCUAUAUUAUUAUAGAGCAUGGAAUUUUUCGUACUACAGGUACAUAUACUUAUUAAAAACGGGAUGUUGUGUUUUUUCUUGUAUCAAUAAAUCUUAUGCCACUAAAGGUUUGUAUUUAUCUACACAUAAAUUAGGCCUAAUGCAGAUACUGUAAUUCAGUGUCAGAGAAACACAAGAAUAGAGGUUGGAAUAUGUACCCUGAAUUGAUAGCCCAUAAAAGCCAAUAUGCCUUAUUUUCAGUGAAGUCCUUAGAAGAAUCUUUUGAAUCAUGCAUGACCAUAUCCUUUAUCAGAGCUGCCAACUAUUAAUAAAAAAAUUUUAUAUAUCAUCUCUUCAAAGAAAUUUUUAAUACUGCAUGGGACAUAUGAAAUUAUGACUUUUGAGCUUCUGGAUUACUACUUUAACUUUGAAAGGUUGGUAGCUCCGCUUUGUUUUUUUUUUCUCUGUAUAUAACACAUUUCUGAUUGUAAAGUUUCUGUAAAAAAUAAUAAAUUGCCAUUGACAACUUGAAGACUAUAAUUUCAACUGCUAAAUAUACUGUGCAUUUUAGGUUUUUGUAUUCAUGUUUUUAGAAGUUUCUAUGGAUAUUUUAUCUUCCAAUUAUAUGU